CUGUACCAGUAGUAUCUACUGUAUCAUCAUCAGUUUCUGUAAUUAAUAAACCUGUUACUAGUACUACAUCAGGUAAACAUAACAUACUCUUAAUGAUACAACUAAGUUGAUAGUUCAUAUGAUAGAUACCAAAGGAACUGAGGACUCAACACCAGAUGAAGGAAAUAAACCCACUCAUAAUGACAGUAAUAAUGGCACUACAACAUCAGGUAAUACUGAUGCUCCUACUAGUUCUGUACCAGUAGUAUCUACUGUAUCAUCAUCAGUUACUGUAAUUACUAAACCUGUUACUAGUACUACAUCAGGUAACACUCCUAGUGCUAUAUUAAGGAUGAAUUAUGCUACUCUUGUUGAUGCUAUUACUAAUAGUCUUCAGAAAGUAACUGAUGCACUGUAUGCUAAAGAACUAAUACCACCACAAACUAAUCAGUCAAUGCUUGUACCAGCAGUUGAUAAUUAUACUAAAGCUGCCAACCUUAUGAAUGUCAUUGAAAAACA